GACACAGUAUACGUCGCAUUUGCGUCAUCAUACCGUGAACAGCGCUCAAACGGGGAGGACGUGGGAUGAACAAGUGUGCAGUGCAUUGUUAGAAACAUUGUUUUAUUUUUUUCAAAUGUUUCUAAUAUCGGAAUUAUAAAGUACAAAGUAUUAGGAUAGGGUUCAAGAAAUAUACGUCGCCAUCAUGGCGUCGGACGAACAAUUUUCAUUAUGUUGGAACAAUUUCCACGCAAAUAUGUCAGCGGGCUUUCAUGGCCUGCUGUCGCGUGGAGAUUUAGUAGAUGUCACAUUAGCUGCCGAAGGCAGGCUAUUGCAGGCACACAAAUUAGUCCUAUCAGUAUGUUCUCCCUACUUCCAGGAGAUGUUCAAAAUGAACCCAACUCAGCAUCCAAUAGUAUUUUUAAAAGAUGUUAGUCAUUCAGCGUUAAGGGACUUGUUACAGUUUAUGUACCAAGGUGAAGUUAAUGUUAAGCAAGAAGAGUUAGCGUCGUUUAUUAGUACCGCGGAACAGCUUCAAGUGAAAGGUUUAACCGGUAAUCAAAAUGAAGAAAGUUCCACGCCAUCCAAACCAAAGCCGACCUCGAGGCCAGGCCCGAGGUCGUCACAACAAAGGCAAUCUGUUAUGACUAAGUUAGAGACUGAUUUAGAUUCUAAGCCCUCCUCAACUCCAGUAGCAAUUAAGCGACCAAAUAGGCCAUCAAUAGCAUCAAACAAUUCGUCAUCUUCACAAUCUGGACCUGUGAAACGAAAAUGUGUGGACCCAUUAGAAGCCGGACCAUCUGGAUCAGCUAAAGAAGAAUUUGUUACGAUACCUGACGAAGAUGAAAACAACGCCGUGGCACCCAAAAUGGAACCCGAAUUUGUUAACGAAAGUAUGUGGGAUGAUGAUGAUGACGGAACGAAUAAUGAUGAAACAAAUUUCGGCGAAGAUGACUCUAAUAUGGAAAUGACUGGAUUCGAUGGCUCUACGACUGGCGAUGGCAAUUUGACUGGUGGUGCGGAAGGUGGAGCUGUAGGUGAUGCGCAAGCAAAAUUCAUCCGCGCGGGCAAGGGGCGGCUGCUGCUGCACCGCGGGUACACGUUCCGGCUGAAGAACAACUUGGCGCACGGGCGCAAGCAAUGGUACUGCUCGUCGCGGCUUACCUCGCGCUGCCUGGCCGACGUCAACACCGAGGGCCCCGAGGGCCACGAACGUAUCGUGCGCUCCCGCUACUCGCACAACCACGCGCCGCCCAACGUGCGCCGCUUUGCCGAUGGCCGCUACGUGGUGCGCACGCCGCACCAGAGCGGCCACCGCGCGCCCGCGCCCAUCGACCCCCACCAUCAGCUGCUUCAGCUGCAGCACGCGCUGGCGCUGUACGCCGCCACCGCACACGCCACCGCCACCGCCACGGCCUCCGCCAACGCCAACGCCGCGGCCAACGCGGCACCCGGCGGCCCGGCGCAGGCCUCGCCCAACUCCCUGGCGCUGCCGGCGCCCCCGCAGCACAACUCGGCCGCCAAGCCGCUGCUGGUUGACACCCCUUGCAAUGAGGAGGACUAGGCGAUACUUACAAGUUCGAUGCUCGCUCGUGGAUGAAACUUGACUUGACUAAAAAUCUUUUAAGUCAUAUGAACGAAAUAAAGUCGUGUACGAUUUUAUAACUGAAAGAAAAUUCUUUCACACGGUAUUGCCGAUUGCUCAGCCAGCUCAAAUUGAAGGCGCUGUUCACGAAACUAAAACUAUCGAACUUUCGAAAAAUUUCUGGCAGCCUAUUGGCACACGAAAUAGCGUAAUUUAUUUAGACUAGUGAUUAUAUAUAAGGGGAUAAGGUGUCGUUUGGUUAAUUAUGAACGCUGGCUAUUGUCAAGUUACUUAAUGUUGGUAAUAUGGAUGUAUGUGAAACGUCAUUAAGGUCACGGUAUAUGGUAAGGUGUUUCGGAGUUGCGACCAGUGGAAGGAUUAUACCUGAUGGAACCAGUGAAAGGUCAUCGUCGUGACGUGUAGGUUAGGAUAUCUUGGAGAUCAUUAAGAUAGGUGUGGGCUAUUUAUCGAAUCGUUUAGAAAGGCUAAGGGGUGUUAAAUGUGUAAGAACUGAAUGUUAAGUGUCAGCUCGUAUGGAUGUGAAGCUAAAUGGGUAGGUUUUUGUCAGGAUAUGGCCAUUUUUAGCGUUUCGUUUAAUGUUGGCUCAAUCGAUCCGAGCAUCAUCGUCAAGGAAAUAGAAACGCGUUGUAGCGCAGGACGAGGAAGAGACGUAUCAGGUUAGCAAGCUGGUUAGCAGUCAGGAUAGUAGUCAAACAGGAACAGGAUUAGGAAUGUACACUGAUAGGAUUGGGCACAGGUGCGAGGACAGGCCGGCGGCCGCGGCUGUCGGCGACGCGUCGGCGACUGAGACACGUACGAGGUUCGGAUGAAAGCAAUAUGUGUCCCCGGACUGAAUGUACUUAAGAUACUUAAUUUAUUUUGAGAGUUUAUACUUUACAAUUUCGUACUUUUAUAAGAAUAAAAGCUAUUGCUACUUAGAAAAUUAGACGUCCGCCUCAAUGAAUAUUGUCCGGGUGUCCGCAGACGCCCGGGGAGAUGAUAUUCGCGCGCUCGUGCUCCUCGACACUGAGUUAAGUCGAUGCAAUUGUGCUCUUAAAUGGAUCGAUUUUAAGUACUUAAGCUCAAUCAACUACCUCUUCACUUUUUUAUACGGGUUAUACAGUAUAUUAGUUUAAUUAUACAAUUUUUAUAUACAUGAUUGAAUACUCAGAAGCUUUACUCGAGUAAGGUGUGUAGCGUAGGCUAGGGUAAGCUAGGCUAGCGGGCGCGCCGGGACGGGGCCUCGGGCCGCCGCGCAGGGUCCGGCGCGCCCUUCAUUUACCUAUUAUUGAAACUCAAAUACCUCUUUACUUAGUUUUAACUUGUACCUACUCGAUCGUUAGCUGUUAACGGCUUAUAAUAUAAAUAGACUCUUUUUGUAACUGUUGUCUAAAUAUAUUUUAUUGAUUGUUUUUUAAAGAAAAUAAAUAAUUUGUUACUCGUCGAAUUAUUAUUCAAUAGGAAUAUGGCCACUUUUAUGUCUACGUCUCCGAUUCAAGUACAAAUUUUUACUAUUUUCUAUUGUUAUUUAGAAAACUUAGUUACUAUAGGGUCUUGACUUGUGAAUAAAUUGAAUAAAUUAUCUAGAACGUACUAUAGACUUUAAGGGUGACUUCAAGGACGCUUGUACUCAUGAGGCGGAGGCGCAGGUUGACAGGCUUCAGGUGACGUGAAUGACUUCUCAUUUAACUUACCAUCACCAAAGUAUUUUGCUUGCGUUUACGCGGAUUCACUCAUUUGAGCUAUUAUUCUAAUUUUUUGUCAAUUUUUGUUUUUCUCGGAAUACAAAUUGAUAAUUUUAAAAUGUCGUUAGUUUUUACACGCGAAUCAUGAAUGCAAAUGGAUAGUACCAUUGCACUUGAAUCCUAUUUCUGCCCACCCCCAUGGAAUAGGUCGUCCACUCUACUUCUGUGUACCUGCAUACAGCCAAGUGCGGACCACUCUCGCCAUUUAUUUUAAACAACUAUAUUUACAAUGUUUUAUGAAUUAUUAUUACACGGCCCUAAUGAUUUAUUUAUACACAUUUUAUUUACCAGCUUCAAUUAAGUUUUGGUCCAGGACGGAAAAGUAUAAAUUUGGCUUUCUAAUCUGAUAUACAGUAGCGGCAGAAAAUCUGUCAUAUUCCUAUUUUCUUCCCGGCAUUCAUUCAAAAAGUCGUGAAAUUAGGCUUUAUAUCAUGUAAACAAUUAUUGUAUCAUCAUCACGAUCAUAUAUACUUACGUCCCACUGCACGUGGCAACUAAGGCAGCUACGUUAGCACAAUGCGGAUUGGGGACUUCACACCAGGGACCGGACAACCCUUUCCUCGAUAAAAGCCGUUCAAUGGGCGUCCCUUUAAGAUGGCUAACCCAGAAAAAGACUUAUCAGUUCGAACUACCAGCCCAUUCAUUUGACUAUCCCUGACCAAAAAACUUACCAAACAAUAAAGCUAGCCCUAGGGCUACCCUAACAAUUAAGCGCUUUUUAUAAAGCUUUCCCUUAUUAUUUUAGUCAACUUUUGUAUGUGGCCAGUAUUGAUUGACAUUUAUACAUAUGAAAUCUUUUACAAUCUCUAGUAAAAUAGACACUGACGAUUCCGACUACAUCAUAUAGUAGACGAUCGUUCGCUAUCGGAUGCAAAGUAAUGUGUGCUUUAUGAUCAAGGUAAAUGGUUUAAAUUAGCACGCUUAUAUGCUAAAAGCGUAUUAUUUUAUAAGGCUAACCGUUAUAAGCAACAUGCUUGUAUUGGUGAGCGGAUGAUAGGGGUUUUGUAAGGGUAUUUGGAUACCGCUUAAUCAUAGCGCUUAGACAAGGGCUUUAAAAGUAAAAUAAAAGGGUUUCAUCGGGCAAAGGGUAUGGCGAGUUAAGCCUUAUCAAAACCCAUACAAAACUCUUUAUAAGGGAUAGCGGGCCGGUCCCUGCUUCACACACACACCAAUUAAUGUAUGUUAUAAAUAUUGAAUUUAUUUCUAAACCUUUUCCUCCUAAAACCUAGAUGGAUCGAUUUUCACCCUCAUCAGCCUCUGGUUUGAAAAUUAAAUCGCAUCAUUACUUUACAAUUUAAUACCCACCGGGCUACCGCGAAAACUGGGGCAAACUAAUUAUUUUAAAAAUGUACCCUAAUUUGAUCGAAUCGUCCUUUUCAUACGCCCCUAUAUUUUAAAUUUAAUCGAAAUCGCUAUAAAAAUUACCAAAAAAUAUGCAAAUGUAUCUGAAAAAAUAUGAUAGAUUAUUUUCCGCUACUGUAAACUUAAUUGUUGCUAUUGGAGCUUUAAGUAUAAGCUAGUGUAUUUUAAUUUGUAUUUUCAAUUUGAUUUAAUCGCAAUAAUCGUGUAAAUACCUGGGAGUGGUCGAUACCUAAGACCAUUCAUGAGCAUAAUAAUUAACUAGACCAAAUACUUUAGGCGAAUCGUGUCGUGUGUAAUCUAAUGAAGCCGUGGGGACAGUUUAUAAUAAAUAGAUUUAGAUCUAGAUGCUAAUUAGGGUUAAUUAAAGGUUUAACAUUAGGUAUACGUCUCUACUCUUUUUGAUCACUACCUAAUAUUCGUCAAUUAUUUAAAUGAUAUGAACUUAUGUUGGCACUUUCACUAAAAUAAGUGUGUGUAUUCGAAUCAGAUCAAAUAAAAAAAAAACCUACAUACUUAAAUCAGAGUUUACAAUAAGCACUAAUUUAAUGAGUACAUGUGAAUGUUAUUCGUUUUUGAUUAUCUAAUCGUCUUCGCCGUAAUAAAUUUUAAUGUAGCUAGGUGUACUAUUUAUAAUCUGAAAUUACUAACAUUCACUUUUUUCCGAUUUAUUAACAUUAUAUCUGUGAAUCGAUGUAGGUAAUGUAAUUUUUCUAUAUAAGUUUUGGUCUGAUCGACGAUUGCGGUAAGUGUGUUGAAUUGCUCAUGUUGUUAAAUAAUUUAUGAAUCUCGUAAGUGUAUGAUGUCGUGUUUUUGUCGCGCCCGCUCCGCUGUGGGACCCUCCGGCACGCUAGCGUUUAUCGACGUUGGAAAAGCAUUCGUUGCUCUUGACAUAGGUAUAUAUAUAUACCGACCGUCUGACCGACAUAGACGAUGAAGUCCUCGUGAGCGCGACAAACACUAGCCUGGUGGUGGGUGAACAAACGGGUGGGACUAUACCUUUACCUCACAAUUUAUCUACCUCACUUUACUGUUAACUACUCGUAAAUCUACAAUUAUUAUUAAUAGUGUAAUUUCAUACCUACCAUUUUAAUGAUAAGAUUUUUGUUCGUGUACGGGGUAUUUUGUGGAAUCAUAUUAAAUUGUACUUAUCAAUAA